UUCAGGAUCCGAAAAUAAUGGAAACAUUUAAAUGUCACAUAAAUCAAACGUCUAAAAAGCUUUCUAGCAUCUAUACGGAGUUCAAACUACUUCAAGACUUAACUCAUGUGACCGGGUUCUACAGUUUGGCAAUUAAACAUGGUAACAAAUUUAUUAACUACACGGCACAAGAGAUGAACUACUGUGAGGCACUGCACAUGGUUCAUAAACAACACUUGACCCAGAUGGUGGCUGUUGGACUGCGUCGCGUUUCCAAUUUUCCCCUGGACUGCCCAUUCAAGAAGGAUAAUUUGUACUACGUGAACGGGUUUUCAAUCGACGAAAAGUUUAUACCAGCUUAUAUGCCCGAAUUUAGUUUCAAAGCGGAUGGAACAUUUGCCUUUAAUAAGCGCCUAUAUGCAAGAACAACAAUAUUUGGGUCUGUCGAACGAAAGUGA